AUGACGCAUGACAAGUUUUAUGAUGUUAAAGCUUUGCAAGAAACGUGGGGCACAAAUUUCAAUACAGACGAAGAGAGAAAUCAAGUUAAGUGGCAUGACUUAAAGGUUCUUAGGGUUGAAAAAGAUCACCCUGAAGCGUUUUUCUAUAAAAUAUCAUUUACAGAGGAAACGUUUAAGAAAGUUUGUGUGCGAAAGAGGAUUCUUCGCCUAAGAGGAUCCGGAUCGGCCAUAGCUAUAGAUCAAUCGUUAUUUUCAAUUGUUUUAACACAUGCAUACACUGAAAAAAUUGCAUUGUCUGAUGCAAAAAAAAAAGACAUAAAAGAAUUGAUUGAUAAGAACGUCAUUCCGAAAUCCUAUUAUGAUGUUUAUUAUAAAUAUGUAUUGGGUGAUACUGAUAAUUGA